GCCGCGAGCAGCUCGGCCAUUGGCACAAAAACACACGAGCUCCGUCAGCAGCGAGGAUUUGCGUGGGCCACCUUUCUGCUCGACCUCUUUUAUUUGACGCACCUAAAACGAUGGCGGACGCGAAAGUUGACUCCGUGUCGGAAGUCUCGGCCAAGGAAUUGAAGGAGAAGAAGCUGGUGGAGGAGAAGGAAAAUGGCAAAGAUGCUGCUACCAAUGGAAAGGAGAACGAGGAGAACGGGGAGCCCGAGAUUGACGACGAGGAAGACGACGAGGUGGACGAAGAGGACGAGGAGGACGACGGAGAAGGUGACGAGGAAGACGAGGAGGACGAUGACGACGAGCUGGAGGGCGGCACAAAGCGGGCGGCAGACGACGACGAUGACGACGACGAGGACGACGUGGAGACCAAGAAGCAAAAAACGGACGACGACGAUUGAUGCGCCGGCGUCCCGCCCGGGCCGCUUCCUGCCGCCCGCCUCGGGGAGGAGCGCUCGUCCAAACGAAACGAAACAAACGUAAACAUGGUCAUUAGCGAGUAGAGUUCAACGAGGAACCCCGACUGACGUCCGCCAUCCUCACGCACAAUUGCGGCCUCAACUACAAUAACGACUCCAGCGGGGAAUUAGUUUGUAUUUUUAUUUACAUUUUAUAUUUUUGUACAUAUUGUUCGGAAGGAGGCAAAUUGGUGCUUCGUUAAUGAGAUCUUUGACCAUGUGACGCCCAAACAAACAAAAGAAUCAAAAGUCCAAAACGUCUUCAGACGUUGAACUCGGAGCAUUCCAGUAAAUUUAAUGUAUGUACUUUAGCUGUACCAUAAACUACUUUUUUGUUGGGUGGUUGCUUUGUUUGUUUGUAUGGAAGAAGGCCAAAGAAAAGAAGAGCCUCUUUCUUUCUUUUCUUUUUUCUUUUGCUUUUUGGUUGUUUUCUGGCCGCCUGUUUUGAUGUAUGUGCGAAGUUUGUUGUUUGACAAUAAACCGGACUUUUAUUUUG